AUGGAGACCCCGGUUAAGACUGCUGCCUCAGCAGAAGAGAUGCUCAAAGAGGAGGCCAUACAUCUAGAGGAAGGAUUGAAAAGCUCUGCAGUCGAUUCUUCAGGAGAAAACGAUGAUACAGAGCAAGCGCUUGUGCGACAAGUCCUCUGGAAGAUCGAUCGCCGACUUAUUCCGAUCCUUGGUGGUCUUUAUCUUUGGUGCUUGAUUGAUCGUUCCAAUUUAGGAGGAGCUCGCAUUGCAGGAAUUGAUGAAGCAGUGGGGCUUAAUGUUGGAAAUCGCGCUUCUAUUGUCAUUCUUGUAUUCUAUCUCGGGUACAUCCUAUUUGAACUCCCUAGCAAUAUCGUUCUCCAGAAGGUCGGACCGGCAAUAUGGCUAAGUGCUUUGGCGUCCUGCUGGGGCAUUGGUCUAUUUCCCGGCACUGUGUACCUCCUGUCGUCAUGGUAUUGCAGAUAUGAAUACCAGAAAAGGAUUGCUGUUUAUUACAUAAUUGGAAACUUCUUCUCGUCUUUCGCAAACAUACUGGCCUAUGGCUUGACACAGGUCGCAGAUAAUCCUGCUCAUAAUGGAUGGAAAUACAUCUUCAUUGUCGAAGGGGCACUCACAGCCGGCUACGCGGUCUUGUGUUGGCGCAUCAUCCCAGAUAUGCCGUACAAUGACCAAAAGAACAAGUGGCUGACACCAGCAGAGAAAGCUUUAGUCAAACAACGGCUUCUUGCAGACAUUAAUUCAUUCGAAACUGAGAAAAUAACGUGGAAUCUCAUAUUCGAGACUCUUCGAAAGCCCUAUAUGUGGGCUCUGUAA